UAAAAUUUAAAAUAAUAUGUAAAUUUUUGUUAAAACCCUGACGGGAAAGACCAUCACUCUUGAUGUAGAGCCUUCAGAUACCAUUGAUGCUGUCAAAGCUAAGAUUUAAGAUAAAGAAGGAAUUCCACCUGAUUAAUAAAGAUUGAUUUUUGCAGGAAAGUAACUUGAAGAUGGAAGAACUCUUUCAGACUAUAACAUUUAAAAAGAAUCAACUCUCCAUUUAGUAUUGAGAUUAAGAGGUGGUGGUAUGGAACCCACAAUUGCUGCUAUAGCUAAAAAGUACAACGUUGAAAAAAAAAUUUGCAGAGUAUGCUAUGCUAGGUAUGAAGAUUCAAAAAUUUUAUUAGAUUACCACCAAAAGCUCAUAAUUGCAGAAAAAGAAAGUGUGGACAUUCAAAUUAAUUAAGAAUUAAAAAGAAGCCUAAGGAUUGAUAUAAUGAAUAUUAUGAAUAAGUACAAUAAUACA